AUGUCGGGUGCAGCAGGUGCUGAUGGAUUAAAAGGAGAACGGGGUGUGCAAGGACCAAGGGGGCCACCAGGUCCCCCUGGGGAUAUAAUUUCUGUUACCCCUACAGGAGAUCCAGGAGAUGGACCAGUUGAUCCUAUUGGACAUAUCAUCCUGGAUAGAAAUUCAAAGGGUCCUGGAGCUGGUAGGAUCCAGGAAGUCAAAGGAGACAAGGGUGCUCCUGGUGCUCAAGGAGAACCAGGAGCAACAGGUGACAUUGGUCCUCCUGGAAUAGGGGGAAGCCCAGGAACUGAUGGACCCCCUGGUAAACCAGGACAAGAUGGCAAUGAUGGCCAACCAGGACCACCAGGACAAAUUGGAGAAACUGGAGUUCAAGGAAGUGCAGGACCAAAUGGUGUGCCUGGUGUACGAGGUCUCCGUGGUGUGAAGGGUGACAUGGGAUCACAAGGAGAGCGGGGUGAAAGAGGAGAUAAAGGAGAGGAAGGAGAAACAGGUCCUUCAGGUGAGGCUGGAAGGGAUGGACAAGAUGGAUUAAAGGGAGACCCAGGAGUUCGAGGUAACACAGGAGCUCCUGGAACAAAUGGCGCAGCUGGUCCUACAGGACCAGCUGGAACAAGAGGACCAGAGGGUGCUGCAGGUCCUCCUGGCCAGAGGGGUGACAAUGGAUCACCAGGUGCCAUAGGGGCUAAGGGAAAUGUUGGCUUAACAGGCAGACCAGGUCCCAGGGGAGCCAGAGGAUCUGCAGGACCUCCAGGUUUGAAAGGACCAGGUGGUGAGCCAGGAAAUCCAGGCAAGAAUGGUCCCCAAGGAGAGCCAGGUUUCAAAGGAGAACAGGGUGCAGUGGGACCAAUGGGGCCUAUUGGCCGUAUAGGAAGUGCCGGAGCAGAUGGCCUUCCUGGUCUUGCUGGUAACCGUGGACGCCCUGGAGAACAGGGAGCCCCUGGAAAACCUGGAAGAAGAGGACUGGAAGGUGCUAAAGGACAAACGGGUAGCACAGGCACUACAGGUGCACCUGGAAAGCCUGGGCCUCAAGGAAAACGGGGAUCAUCCGGAAGAACAGGACUCCCAGGAGGACUUGGUGCCCCUGGUCCAGUAGGUCCUUCUGGCAAUCGAGGUUAUUCUGGUGCAGAGGGAAGGCAAGGAGUAAAGGGUGACAGUGGUAGAAAUGGAGAGAAUGGACGGGAUGGAGGAAAAGGAGAACAAGGAUUACAAGGGGAACCUGGAAAUCCAGGCCGACCAGGACCUCGGGGAGACAAUGGUGCUGCGGGAAAAUCAGGAAAGUCAGGCUCUCAAGGAAUUCCGGGUGUUGAUGGAGAGGAUGGUACCCCUGGAAUACCUGGAGUCCCUGGCCCACAAGGUGCACCAGGAACACCAGGUUUCUCUGGUCCUAAGGGAACAAUGGGUAACAAUGGAAGAGAUGGAAGCACUGGAGAACGAGGAGCAGAUGGUGUUAAGGGUGAACAAGGUGCUACAGGAGAGAUUGGUAAACCUGGAACACCAGGAUUGGCGGGUCGACAAGGUUUCAGGGGAGACCCUGGUGCUCAAGGAAGCGCGGGAGCAUCGGGACCGCCUGGUAUUCAAGGACUCCCCGGUGCAUCUGGUAAACUAGGAAGUCCAGGAUUCCCUGGAACGCGAGGCAAAGAUGGUUCACCAGGAUUACAGGGUGAACGUGGACCAAGGGGAGAACAAGGUCCUAUUGGACCUCAGGGAGCUCCCGGCAUUGAAGGCGAGAAUGGCUUACCUGGAUCUGAUGGUUUGCCGGGAGACAGAGGAGCCCCAGGAGCCCCCGGUGGACCAGGUCCUGAAGGGGGACCGGGUUUGCCAGGUCUGCCUGGUCGAGCAGGAUUCUCUGGAGCUAAGGGUAACUUUGGUGAGAAAGGCAAUCAAGGUUCUACUGGAGAAGCUGGUAGAGAUGGUGACCCGGGUGGCGAUGGUGCCCCGGGAGCUGUUGGUCAACCAGGUCUGCCAGGACCUAAGGGCACAGACGGAUCACCAGGAGUCCCAGGAAGACGAGGAGAUCGUGGGGCGACGGGAGGCCGUGGAUCACUUGGUUCCCCUGGAAGUCCAGGAAUUCCUGGAUCCCCGGGACCAACUGGCUCCCAAGGACUUCCUGGAGCAAAAGGAAAUGCAGGCGAAAAGGGUACGAAAGGAGAGGAAGGCGCAGUGGGAGCGAAGGGAAUAGCUGGAGACUUGGGAGUUGCCGGACGAAUUGGUCCCAAAGGAAAUCCUGGAUCUACAGGAAUUAAUGGUAACAGAGGUGCCUCAGGGUCACCAGGGCGACCAGGAUCACAGGGCCCGCCUGGACCACCUGGCAACAGUGGUUUGCCAGGACAACCAGGAAUCCCAGGAACUAAGGGCUCGCGUGGCGUUGGUGGUAAACCAGGAACUCCAGGCUUACCAGGAAGACCGGGGAUACCAGGACGUGACGGCCUACCCGGAUUAUCUGGAUCAGAUGGAAGACCUGGUUCAAUAGGUCCAAUCGGACCGCGCGGGAUUGGGGGAGACAGAGGACCUGAGGGCCUAAUUGGCAUUCCAGGAAGGCGAGGAGGAUUCGGUCCCCCUGGAGCAAAGGGUGCAAAAGGAGACCUAGGCUUUAAUGGAGCUACUGGCGAGAGUGGACGAUCCGGUUAUCCUGGACCUCGCGGCCUUUCUGGAGACAAAGGCGCAAAUGGAUCACCGGGUACACCAGGAGCGAACGGUGAAAAUGGGGAAAAUGGUGUAGAGGGUAGCGAGGGAGAUAACGGUCCCCGGGGAUCGCCUGGCGUAGACGGAACUGUGGGAGUUCCCGGACCGAUGGGACCCGGUGGGGAGAAAGGAGUACGAGGUCCCCAAGGAGAUAUCGGUGAUCCAGGUAGAGAUGGCGAUUUCGGAGAAACUGGCAGAAGAGGAAAUGAUGGACCACCUGGUUACCGAGGUAAUCCGGGAGAAGUCGGUUUAAUGGGAUCACGAGGUGACGUUGGAUAUACCGGUGAAGUUGGCAAGACAGGUCCUCCUGGAGUUGAUGGCGAAGGUGGCCUUGCUGGGAGAAACGGAACUGAUGGACCUGCAGGACCAAAGGGUGGCUCGGGAGCCGCAGGCCCUCCCGGUCUACAAGGAUCUGCCGGACCAGAGGGAACUGUUGGACCUCGGGGAGAUCCCGGCAAACAGGGUGAUCGUGGAGAACCCGGAAAAGACGGUGAACUGGGAGACCCAGGUAUACGGGGACUUAAAGGGCCAAUGGGACCGCCAGGACAGAGUUUAGCAGAAGCGCUUGCUGAACUGAGCUCUGGUGAAAAGGGACCUCCACCCUACAGAUUGUACUCCAGUCAAGGAUCUGAACAAUCACGUGAUUCAAACAAUGACGCUGGAGCCCAACUCUUCAAGUCAAUGGAUAUCGAAUUUAUGAUAUCGCUUCUGGACAGAAAAAUUCAAAACUUCCGAGAACAGACCGGGGACCUGGAACAUCCUGCUCGAUCAUGCCGAGAAAUUAAACUGGACCAUCCUGAAUCUAAGAGCGGUGAAUACACGAUCGAUCCAAAUGAAGGCUGCAGUAGUGACGCUGUCAAAGUCUAUUGCGAUUUCGAGAAGAAUGCUACCUGCGUAAACCCCACAAAGACCAAGAUUGUUGUCGACGCCAACGAAACUGGUCCAGGACAAUGGACAAACGAGGAUGAACCGAUCGAAUACAAACUAAACUCGGUGCAAAUGAAAUACUUACGACUUCUGAGCAAGAGCGCUUUCCAAGAAAUGAGCUACAGCUGCGCAAAUUCACACAAGAGCUGCAUGGUGGAUCUUAAAGGCGAUAAUGAAAUGGUGGUCAAUAACUUGGAGAAGAUAAAGCUUGAUGUUACAGAGACGUCUGUUAAUGGAAACAAAAACUUGAAGAUUGAAGUCUCGACCGCUCAGCAGAAUAACCUGCCGAUAGUGGACUGGGCACCACAAAGCAGCGUCGACUCCAAGCUUACUUUUGAAAUAGGACCAGUUUGUUUUAAGUAUUAGACAUGAGCGGAGUCGAACAAGAGAAGAACACCACCUGUAUUGUACAUUGACGAUUUUUCUGCCUAAUAUAUUAGCUAAGGAAGAUUUGAGGAUGGUUUCAAAGUAUGUAGGAGAUCUAAAUAAAGCUCGCGGUUGACUGGACAGUUCUGACAUGCUGUUGAUUCUGUUUUGUUUGUUACAGUAGCUAGCCUUAAAAAUUGUAAUUCUAAUGUGGAGUUAUUUUGUCUUUCGCCGUGUCCAAAAUAUUUUAUUAUGAAAAAUAAACAUUUUAUAGUCUUUGGAAAG